AGGCUGCGCACUAGGCCUUCAGGGUUCUCCAUCUGCAGUUUGCAGGCUGGAAUUGGCUCUUCCGCUGACAGCAGCUUCACGUUCGUUUUCGCCCUCCGCUGCAGUAUGGGGCCGGCGCCGCGCACCCUGGAACUGUUCUACGACGUUCUGUCGCCCUACUCCUGGCUGGGCUUUGAGGUCCUAUGUAGGUACCAACACCUCUGGAACAUCAACCUGAAGUUGCGCCCAGCUUUCAUCGCUGGGAUCAUGAAGGACAGUGGAAACAAACCACCAGCUAUGGUUCCCCGAAAAGGCCAGUACAUGAACAAAGAGAUUCCCCUCCUGAGGCAACACUUCCAGGUUCCCGUCAACAUACCCAAGGAUUUCUUCAAUGUGAUUCUUAAGAAAGGGAGUUUAAAUGCCAUGCGCUUCCUCACCUCUGUGAGCAUGGAGCAACCAGAGAUGCUGGAGAAGGUGUCCAGAGAGCUAUGGAUGCGUGUUUGGUCUCGAGAUGAAGACAUCACGGAGUCCCAGAGCAUCCUAGCUGCUGCAGAGAAGGCAGGAAUGUCCACAGAGCAAGCACAAAGCCUUCUGGGGAAAAUUGGCACAGCACAGGUGAAGAGCAAGCUCCAGGAGACCACUGAGGCAGCCUGCAAAUACGGGGCCUUUGGGCUGCCCACCACUGUUGCCCACGUGGACGGUAAAACCUACAUGUUAUUUGGCUCCGAUCGCAUGGAACUGCUAGCUUACCUCCUGGGAGAGAAGUGGAUGGGCCCUGUGCCCCCAACCCAGUGUUCCAGACUUUAAGAUUGCCUUAGGAAGUAAACUUCGAUUUCUCAAUUUGACCAAGCUGACUUCCGCCGUGGCCCUAUGGACUGAAGCAGCAGUCCGCCUUAGCGGUGGCUGCCUUUACUUCUGUGCCUCACAAGUGCCUUUUGGAAAGCCUUAAGUUCUGCAUUCCCAGACAAUAAACCUGACACCACUAGACAAAACA